GCGAGAGGGGCCGGACCGCUCCUGCUCCCCCUCCUAGAGCAGGUGGAGGGUUCCACCGGGGCCGGACGGGUUUUUCUUCCGUCCCUGGUUGUGUCUGAAGGCGGGCAACUCCGCCUCUGCCGGCGUUGGAGGCGCGGGUGCACGUCUCUCCGCUGGGGGCUCGGGGCUCCCCUCGCCAUGGCUUUCACCUUCGCUGCUUUCUGCUACAUGCUGUCGCUCGUGCUUUGCGCCGCGCUCAUCUUCUUCGCCAUCUGGCAUAUAAUUGCCUUUGAUGAGCUACGGACGGACUUCAAAAGCCCAAUAGAUCAGUGCAACCCAGCCCACGCAAGAGAGCGGCUGAGAAAUAUUGAACGUAUUUGCUUCCUCCUGCGAAAGGAACCAAAUUCUGUAUUUGCUGAAGUGCUGGAGUCUCCAUUGGUUUCAGAGGACUGCAAGCUGGUGUUGCCAGAGUACUCCAUCCAUAGCCUUUUCUGCAUAAUGUUUUUGUGUGCUCAGGAAUGGCUCACACUGGGCUUAAAUGUUCCUCUGCUUUUUUAUCACUUCUGGAGGUAUUUUCGUUGCCCAGCAGAUAGUUCAGAACUCGCUUACGAUCCACCUGCAGUCAUGAAUGCUGAUACCUUGAGUUACUGUCAAAAAGAGGCCUGGUGUAAGCUAGCUUUCUAUCUCCUUUCUUUCUUCUACUAUCUUUACUGCAUGAUCUACACUUUGGUGAGCUCUUAACUAAAAGAUCAUCAUUAAAGACUGAAAACAACAAAAGCUGUGGAGGUGCAAGGAGUGAGCCAAGUGAUGCAUGAUUCAAAGAUAAAUAAGUAAAUGAAAAUUAAAGAGAGGAAAACUUUGAACCCAAGAAGUAAAUAGAGUAUAUGACAGAGACACCAAGCAGAAGCAGAGUACCAUGAAGAGUGGCUGAGUUAACUGUGUUUCUCCUGUCUCUGUGUGUUGCAGCAAAUGACUUUCAAAACCCAAGGGAAACAAAAAAAUGCAACCAAAUAGACUGAGUUACAGAACUGUUUUCCUCUUCAAGGAUAAUGCUGCUCAGCUAAAUGGAUUCAUCAUAAACCGUAGUCCCUACUGUCUUCCAAGGAGCAAAGUUUCUUUUUUCUUUUUUAAUGAUUGUUCUGUUCUGAGGAAGCAGAGGACAAGAUCAUCAUAAACACCAGGAAUACUUACACAAUACGUCAUGAAAAUGAGCACUAACUGGGGUUCAGACAAGAUGUGUGACUGUUCUGCAGGGGUGUUUGUGUGAUGCUUAUCAAACAGGGUGUUGGAUCUUGGGGGAAUUGCUUUCUGUGGCUUUUUUUACCCACCCCUCUUUAACAAUAACAACAAAAUUAUUUAGAAAUUGCAGUGCUCCGUUUUUUUAACGACAUGUUAUUACUGUAGAUAAACAUGCGGUAUGUUUCUGUACUUCACUUGUGGUGCAUCAAUAACAUAGUGAUAGUAUAAAUACAUUGGAAUCGGCCUAACUAUAUCAAGCACAUACCAGAAUAGUGUUCCUCUGACUGCAAAAAAGACUGGUAAGAAUUACAUAAGUGAAGAGGAUUGUAAUAUAGAUACUGUAUUCGUUAGAAUUCUGGAGAAUGAAAUACCAGACCAGAUUGUGGUCUGAAAUUCUAUUGUGCAAUUUCAUUUCUGCUGUCAAAUUUAUGCUGGAAGUCACAAAAUGUUUUUGUUCUGUAUGAGGUAGGCAUUUAAGUUGUUCAGUUCUUUUUAUAACUUAAAAGGAUUUUUAUU